CAAUACGUUUCUCCCAAAAUGUCAGCCGUGUUACGACAAGGCUGCGAUGCACUGGGAUGUGCUGUCAGCUACUUACAAGCGGCCCGCGUUGUGGAGAUACGACAUGUAGUUGAAUUGUUGGGAGUUCAGCAUGCCGAGAUUUUAGCCGCGGUUGUGUUAUUUUUAAUGUUACAAUUCACAAAGUUCACUGCAGUUCUCUUACUGGCUUUUUUGAUUGCCGUCUGUCUAUUUUAUAUGUGGGAUAAUAUCUUUCCCGAAGUAAGCAACAAUCAAUAUUAUGCGUAUCCAAUUCAUAUGCAAUAUCAAUAUCAACCCCAACCAUUUUACCCACCACAACCGCAAUAUCAAGCUGAGCCUCAGUCAGCACACACACAAACGUCACACCAAGGAUCACGUGCAGGAUCAGUUCAAGAACCACUUCAGCCGUUCAUUAUACCGCCAGCACCCAUAACCAGCCCGGAUCCACCAUCUCGGGAUCAACGCACAUCUGCCUUGUUACCGCCUUUCUCGAGCUCUGACGUCUCAAUUACAAGACCAUUCCAUCCUAGUGCAAGAAAAACAACACCAACUACUAGCCGCGGUAGCUCAGUACGUACUAGCAGACAAGAAAUAUCAUCCCCACAUCCUGAAAGCACUUCAGAAGCAUCACACCAAAGAAAAAAUUCUGCACCAUCUACUCAAAAAACUGGGCUGCCGCCUUCUCGUCGGCAUUCAUCUGCUAAGCGAAGCCCAGAAUUACGUAGAAGCUCCGCUCUACUUGACGCAGGAACACCAACGGCCCACGGAUUCUCUGCAGAGUCCCAGGAAUUAAGCCCAUCUGGUAGUCCAAAGCGCGAGCACAAACAGCGUUCGUCUCAACAGGACCGUAAAUCACUCCAAAACCGAGCAUAUGGGGAAGCCGACGUGCGCGCCUUACGCGGUCAUUCAAGCUCAAUCUAUGAGCACAGAAUCAGGCGAUUAUCUGAUGCUGAUCCUCAAUCGUCGCGGCGGCAACAUCACUCAAGUGAGGAUCGUAGACGACAACUCUCGUAUCCCAACGAAGAACAUAAGCCACAAAAGCAUCGCCGAAAUCCAUCUAGCAAAAGUCAAAAGAAGUUGCGUGGCAUAGAAGACCCAUUUGAAUACUCAAGGAUGGAAGUUCAUGACCACUCACGCAGAGCUCGAGAUGGACCAACAACUAGUACGUCACACCGUCAUACUGUAACCCCAGUUCCUAGUAGUCGGGAAACCAGCAGGAAAUCAAAAUCGAAAUCGGGUAAGACUGCGCUGGUCGAGAACAGCGCGCGAUCCCAAGAUGCUCAGUCCCUAAAAAAUCAUUCCAGGAAAAAAAUCGAAAACAAACGUGGCACAGUAGAUCUCACAAAUAAAAUAGAUGGUCCCAAAGCAAAAAAGUCGCCGAAUGAUGCUACGGAAACAUCCAGCGAGCAUGAAAUUAGGAACAUAAAAAUUAACACAUGUAACUGCGAUGACAGUUCCGCAUCGGAGCAAGAAUACAUUUCAGCAAGAUCUGAUUCCAGUAGUGUGGUGUCAAAAGAUACUGAAGGGGAAAAGGUGCCCUCCAAUAUCAGCUAUCCUUACAUCGUUCGUGUCGAUGAGCAGGCCAGCAAUACCAUUUUUCCUCAAAGGCCUGAGCAAGCUCCUGGUACUGCAAAAUCAAAUGAUGUCCAAUUUAACGAUGACUCAAUUAAACAGAAAUCAGCGGCAACUAAUCUGCCUCCGGUUGAGUUUAAAGUAAGAGACUAUCCCUAUGUAGUCGAAGUUGCUGGAAAGGAAAAAAGAAGGAGUCUUGUAAAAGGUUCGGAGGAACAGCAUUCAGAAUCAGAUGAAGCCUUGCCCAGCACUCGCGCGAAACAACACAAGCUGGAAAAUAAAAUUCGUAGGCACCAAGAUGCAAGCAUAAACACUGACACACCAGCCAAACCAUAUCCUCAUGUCGUUGAAAUUCACAAGCACAAAAAGCGGAAAAGUCCAGCAAGAACUUCAGAUAGCAAUGCUAGCAGAAACUCGCCUUCUGCUUCGCGCCAAUCAGCUGACAGCUCUGACAAUGAUAAUGUAGGGAAACCAAAAAGCUUGUAAAUUUAUUUUUAAUAAAGGAGAAAUUUAUUGAGGAGAA